GCCGCCAUCGUAGCCACACUAUUCUCGAACAAGGUUCCAAAGCAAGUCUUGGGGGAAAAAGUUAGCAAAACGACGACAUUAUCGCCGGUUUUGUUCUCUUCUCGGGAAAAUAUUUCGCCAAAGCAAAGCUGAGACAAACUCGUCUUAGUGACUCGUCUGAGCUUCCCGGGCUAGCUUAGCUUGCUAGCUGCUAUUAGAAAGCAGCACGUUGCUAAGUGUGAGUGUAAAGUGUUGUGGUUGUGGGAAAAUGUGUCAAGUACGAACGCUGAAAGUGUUGCUGAGCCAGCAACUAACUGCUGCUGUGGAAGAAAUAUUUGUAGUGUUAGAAAGAACCAUAGCGGAAUACGUGGAGGAACUUUCUAGAACAAAAGAGGAGAACGAGCGACAACGUCAACUACUGGACGCUUUUGCCAAGAAGCCUCAAGUUGUGUUGCACAGGACAGAUCGCCGUAAAGAACACCUCCCCCCCUCUGAGCUGCCGAAGGAGCAGGAGGAGCCAGAGCCCCCUCACAUCGAUGACGUGGUGAAACAGAAGGUGAGGACCGAAGCUGACGGAGACCAAAUAGAAAACCUCCUACCUCCACUAUCAGACUGUGACAACAUGACGUCAGACUCUUCUGACGCCGAUGAAGACUCCAAAGCUGAAGCGACGUGUCAACCUGACGACGCGCGCUUGACGUGCUCUCACUGUGGUGAAACCCUCCGAAGCCAGCUUCUCCUGGAGGAACACACGAAGCGUCACGUGGCCGACAAGUCCGUGCAGUGCACCGAGGAGGAGAACCUCUUCAAACAGGAGGUCCAGACGGAAGCUAAUGGAGAGCAAAUAGAAAACCUCCUACCUCCGCUGUCAGACUGUGACGGCAUGUCGUCCAACAUUUCAAGUUCCGACUCUGACGAUGAAGACCCCGGAGCCGACGCCGAGGGCCCCGCUGACAACACGCCCCUGGUGUGCGCUCACUCCGGCAAAGCCUUCAAGAGCAAGAGUCUCCUGAACGAGCACAUGAAGUGUCACAAGGCGGUCAAAACCGUCAAAUGCACCGUCUGCGGGAAACGCUUGGGUCAGGGCCACUUUGCCCGACACCUCAGGCUGCACACGGGAGAGAAACCGUACGAAUGCCCCGUCUGCGGCAAGAGGUUCGCGCGGGGGGACGGCAUGAGUAAGCACAUGAAGCAACACGCCAAAGGGAAGCCGUAUCGCUGCGCGGUCUGCAGCGCCGAGUUUUCUAAUCGCAGCGGGCUGAUUCGCCACAAGCAGAAGCACAAGGACAUGAAACUGUUCUUCUGCUCCGUGUGCAAGACGUCCUUUCCCGACCGCACCAGCUUGAUCGAACACACCAGAAGGCACGUUCACGAGGGUCUUUAGGGACGACAAGUCCAGUACUUUUGAAGUCCGUGUCGUACACACAGUCCACAUUUUGUUGUUUGAAGAACGUCAACUCUUGACUCAUCCGAAAACGAUACUCUGUUUACAUGUCGUGACUUGAACAUCAACCCAGUGUGAGUGAUGUUGUUAUUGCGAGGGCUGACGCAGACGGACUAUUUAUAGCAGCGCCGCUUUCCACAUCAACUGGUGAGCUGCUUCCUUGCUCGUAGAUCACAAAACCAUACCUCUCACCUGGAUAGUAGAAGGCUGAGGACGCAUUCCGACAAGUUUGUACACUUUGACAGCCGAUUUAGACCCAGGAAAAGGCAACGACGACACAAUAAGACGCUCGGUUCCGCCCUCCUUUUGCGAGGAUUAUGAGUCAUUCCUCAUCCAAACGGGAGCAUAACAAGAUUCUGUAUCCUAACCACAGCAGACCUCGUACAGUCAGCGAUGUUUUACCGUAGUUUUCGGAGUAUAAGUCGCUCCGGAGUAUAAGUCGCACCGGCCGAAAAUGCAUAAUAAAGAAGGGAAAAAACAUCUAAAUCCCAUGAAAUCUUAUACGUCUAGUCUCUUACGUGAAAGAGAUAAAUAGUAUUAUUUGAUAUUUUACGCUAAUGUGUUCAUCAUUUCACGCAUAAGUCGCUCCUGAGAGUAUAAGUCGCACCCCCGGCCAAACUAUGAAAAAAAACUGCCACUUAUAGUCCGAAAAAUACGGUAUGAGUGUUGUUAUUGCGAGGGCUGACGCAGACGGACUAUUUAUAGCAGUGCCGCUUUCCACAUCAACUGGUGAGCUGCUUCCUCGCUCGUAGAUCACAAACCAUGCCUCUCACCUGGAUAGUAGAAGGCUGAGGACGCAUUCCGACAAGUUUGUACGCUUUGACAGCCGAUUUAGACCCAGGAAAAGGCAACGACGACACAAUAAGACGCUCGGUUCCGCCCUCCUUUUGCGAGGAUUAUGAGUCAUUCCUCAUCCAAACGGGAGUACAACAAGAUUCUGUAUCCUAACCACAGCAGACCUCGUACAGUCAGCGAUGUUUUACCGUAGUUUUCGGAGUAUAGGUCGCUCCUGAGUAUAAGUCGCACCGGCCGAAAAUGCAUAAUAAAGAAGGGAAAAAACAUCUAAAUCCCAUGAAAUCUUAUACGUCUAGUCUCUUACGUGAAUGACAUCAAUAAUAUUAUUUGGUAUUUUACGCUAAUGUGUUCAUAAUUUCACGCAUAAAUCGCUCCUGAGUAUAAGUCGCACCCCCGGCCAAACUAUGAAAAAAACUGCGACUUAUAGUCCGAAAAAUACGGUAUGAGUGAUGUUGUUAUUGCGAGGGCUGACGCAGACGGACUAUUUAUAGCAGCGCCGCUUUCCACAUCAACUGGUGAGCUGCUUCCUUGCUCGUAGAUCACAAAACCAUACCUCUCACCUGGAUAGUAGAAGGCUGAGGACGCAUUCCGACAAGUUUGUACACUUUGACAGCCGAUUUACACCCAGGAAAAGGCAACGACGACACAAUAGGACGCUCGGUUCCGCCCUCCUUUUGCGAGGAUUAUGAGUCAUUCCUCAUCCAAACGGGAGUAUAACAAGAUUCUGUAUCCUAACCACAGCAGACCUCGUACAGUCAGCGAUGUUUUACCGUAGUUUUCGGAGUAUAAGUCGCACCGGCUGAAAAUGCAUAAUAAAGAAGGGAAAAAACAUCUAAAUCCCAUGAAAUCUUAUACGUCUAGUCUCUUACGUGAAUGAGAUAAAUAGUAUUAUUUGAUAUUUUACGCUAAUGUGUUCAUAAUUUCACACAUAAGUCGCUCCUGAGUAUAAGUCGCACCCCCGGGCAAACUAUGAAAAAAAACUGCCACUUAUAGUCCGAAAAAUACGGUAUGAGUGUUGUUAUUGCGAGGGCUGACGCAGACGGACUAUUUAUAGCAGCGCCGCUUUCCACAUCAACUGGUGAGCUGCUUCCUUGCUCGUAGAUCACAAACCAUGCCUCUCACCUGGAUAGUCGAAGGCUGAGGACGCACUCCGACAAGUUUGUACACUUUGACAGCCGAUUUAGACCCAGGAAAAGGCAACGACGACACAAUAAGACGCUCGGUUCCGCCCUCCUUUUGCGAGGAUUAUGAGUCAUUCCUCAUCCAAACGGGAGUAUAACAAGAUUCUGUAUCCUAACCACAGCAGACCUCGUACAGUCAGCGAUGUUUUACCGUAGUUUUCUGAGUAUAAGUCGCACCGGCCGAAAAUGCAUAAUAAAGAAGGGAAAAAACAUCUAAAUCCCAUGAAAUCUUAUACGUCUAGUCUCUUACGUGAAUGAGAUCAAUAGUAUUAUUUGAUAUUUUACGCUAAUGUGUUCAUAAUUUCACACAUAAGUCGCUCCUGAGUAUAAGUCGCACCCCCGGGCAAACUAUGAAAAAAAACUGCCACUUAUAGUCCGAAAAAUACGGUAUGAGUGUUGUUAUUGCGAGGGCUGACGCAGACGGACUAUUUAUAGCAGCGCCGCUUUCCACAUCAACUGGUGAGCUGCUUCCUUGCUCGUAGAUCACAAACCAUGCCUCUCACCUGGAUAGUCGAAGGCUGAGGACGCACUCCGACAAGUUUGUACACUUUGACAGCCGAUUUAGACCCAGGAAAAGGCAACGACGACACAAUAAGACGCUCGGUUCCGCCCUCCUUUUGCGAGGAUUAUGAGUCAUUCCUCAUCCAAACGGGAGUAUAACAAGAUUCUGUAUCCUAACCACAGCAGACCUCGUACAGUCAGCGAUGUUUUACCGUAGUUUUCUGAGUAUAAGUCGCACCGGCCGAAAAUGCAUAAUAAAGAAGGGAAAAAACAUCUAAAUCCCAUGAAAUCUUAUACGUCUAGUCUCUUACGUGAAUGACAUCAAUAAUAUUAUUUGAUAUUUUACGCUAAUGUGUUCAUAAUUUCACGCAUAAGUCGCUCCUGAGUAUAAGUCGCACCCCCGGCCAAACUAUGAAAAAAACUGCGACUUAUAGUCCGAAAAAUACGGUAUGAGUGAUGUUGUUAUUGCGAGGGCUGACGCAGACGGACUAUUUAUAGCAGCGCCGCUUUCCACAUCAACUGGUGAGCUGCUUCCUCGCUCGUAGAUCACAAACCAUGCCUCUCACCUGGAUAGUCGAAGGCUGAGGACGCACUCCGACAAGUUUGUACACUUUGACAGCCGAUUUAGACCCAGGAAAAGGCAACGACGACACAAUAAGACGCUCGGUUCCGCCCUCCUUUUGCGAGGAUUAUGAGUCAUUCCUCAUCCAAACGGGAGUACAACAAGAUUCUGUAUCCUAACCACCGCAGACCUCGUACAGUCAGCGAUGUUUUACCGUAGUUUUCGGAGUAUAGGUCGCUCCUGAGUAUAAGUCGCACCGGCCGAAAAUGCAUAAUAAAGAAGGGAAAAAACAUCUAAAUCCCAUGAAAUCUUACACGUCUAGUCUCUUACGUGAAUGACAUCAAUAAUAUUAUUUGAUAUUUUACGCUAAUGUGUUCAUAAUUUCACGCAUAAGUCGCUCCUGAGUAUAAGUCGCACCCCCGGCCAAACUAUGAAACAAAACUGCCACUUAUAGUCGGAAAAAUACGGUCGGUAAACAUGACAUGUUACAAAUGUGCCUGUUACUACAGUACAUAUAUACUUAGUGUAUAUAAAACCUUAAUGAUAUGUUUGGAUGUUUGUUGGGGCUUUUAUAAGCGGAGACAACCUUCUGAUUGCAUUUAUUUAAUAUUUAAAAUGUUCCAGCACAAACAAAAGUGUUUAUGUCUACCUGAUGAUUGUGAACGGUAUACAAAGUUCCUCAAAAAAGUGUACUUCCCCUUUAAGGUUGUUUGUAUUAAAAAAAAGGAAGUUCUGAUUCCAGUUUGUCGGGCAGCUCGUCUCACCUCAUUUUGUUUGGAUUUCAAUUUGUCUUGUAUUUACUUAUAGUAUUCAGUUAUAGUAUUGUUGCACAUCUUACUGGAGCCCUGUUGACUAUGUGCCUUCAAGUGUAACAAAUAAAUGUUACGUUGUGAAAAGUUGUUUUUUGAAAAGUGUAAUGUCUGCUAAUUAAAGAUGACCUUUU